AUUUAAUGUUGUGCAUUGUCUAGUUAGUUAGUUCCUGUUUUCACUUACAUUAUAGCUGUGAUAAGCUUUUAAUAAGACGAAACAAACACAGCUUUCCAUAUUUCAGAUUUGAGAAUUAUCCUCGCUGUGGUAUAAUGAAAAUGAAUACUUUUUAACUUGUUUUAUUCAGAGACUGCUAAUGCAGUAAAUAAAGUUAGUUAAGGGAAUGUUAAUGUAAAGCGUUAUGUACAUGUGAAACAUUUUAUAUUUCAAGAGUAGCAUUAAACUACUGGAGGAGUGUUUAAUUAAGCAGUUGCUUCAGUAUCUUCCAUGAAUCACUGUGCCGUGGAACAGGCAAGAGCAUGAAUACUUCCUGAGCUGAGCGCAGUAAUUUCCCAGCCAGAAUCUCAGCCCCGGCAUGUGAGAUCAAAUAUCUUGGAUUCCAGAUUCCAGUCUAACUAAUGUUCUAACUAGCACUGUGGUCAGUGCAUUCCUGUAUGAGGUGUCUGUUUCUUAAAGGAAAAGUCCACCCUGAAUGACUUGCGCACUAAAUUUUAUAACUACCAAGAUUUAUAACGGAAGCUGCCUUUUUAGUUUAAACGUCAUUCAUCGACAUGCUGAUCUAUUUGCACUUUGUUUAACAGCUUCUUACAUUACCCACAAUGCCAUUGGCUACUGCACAAUCAACUACUUGCUGAUUGUAGCACCAUUGGGAUUUUGCCCUUGCAUCAUCUCUACUUAAAAGUAGUUCAGCGGUGCUUUAAGGCUUUAGUCUGUCCAGCUAUCUCACCUCCUCAUCUAUAUACUCCGCUCAAACAGACCAGCUUUCAAAUCUUCAACAUUCAUGCUAACAAACAACAUCAUUGCCAUCACUCUAAUCAUCUCAUAGAGUGCUAACUAGCCAAGCAGAGUAUCUCGGGUAAUGCUGGUGCAUUGUAUAGCUGCAUUUUAUUCUGGAGCUUUGAGUCCAAUGUUUACAGUGUGUACUCAUUCUCCAUUGGACUUCUUAUUAAUGUGACACUGAACAUCACUGGGAAAUGGUGAGUGUGGGGAAAAAAAGCUCUUGCUCUUUUGUUUUUAGGAGCCAACAGCAAAACCUGACUGUUAUCCCUUAUGUUUGAUAUCAUUUAAGUUUCGUUCCUAUUAAAAACCCUUGUAACUGCAUUAGCAAUAUUCUCCUGUGACGUCAGAGCAACAUACAACCAAGAUCUUCUCACAGAAAUAAUGAAAGUACUGCACCAACCGAUGAAGCAGCACCAGAAUCGCUAGCACAUCACAAAUAUUUCACUGUAAACAAUAAAUCUGUGUUUCAGGGUGGAGUUCUCAUUUAAGAUCACUGGGGUAAAAUGGGUGACCUUUGAAUUGAGAAAUUAAGACCUCGUAUUUAAAGUGUGGGUUAGUAAACCAAGCCACAUUUUAGCAGUGUGUUGGUGUCCCAGAAGAGCUCUAUAUGACUAAUAUCAAUUGUUGUUGUUUUACAGUUAAAGUUUAAUGUAACUUGCUCUAAUUACCUGUCUCAUGUGUCAGAGAAUGAGAAUGCUGACACUCUCUGAUAUUAAUCUCUCAUACCCUGCCCCAGUUUGUACUAGUUUUCCAUUUCGAUAAUGGAGAGCACCGAGUGGAAACUGAGCAGAGUCUUUCCUGUCUCUCUCAGCUUCUUGUGAAACCCUGCUACUGUGACACAUAGGAAGAUUUUUGAUGUUGUCUGUGAAUGGAUUCUGCAUCCCAAAGGGACUGUGUGGUGCUGGGGGUUGGUUCAAGACUAACCAAAUUAGUCACCUCAUCCAAGCAUUGGUUAUCUUAAAUGUGAUAAUUUCCCAUAAAUGAAUCUUGAAUCACUGAUAUUGUCCUGAGAAGUAAAGUGUUGUUCCAUAAAGUCCCAUGAAACUAUACGUACAAGACGCACAAGACUUACUAUUGGCUACCUCUGAUGUAGAUUUACAUUCAACAUACAACAUGCCUAAAAGGGUCGUACUCGGCAUAAAAGUAUAUAACAGGAAAUACAUAUAGUAAGCUGAUGAGUUGCAGUUAAAAUGAAAUGUAGAUAUUAUAGAGUUGAAUUCAUAGUGUACCGAUCUAAUGUGUCCAUGUAAUCAUGUUUUCAGAUCCACCAUGGAUGGCUGAGCGGUGAAUUCCCUUUGAUUAGUCUUUACCCAGAGACAAGACCUAGUCUGGGUAGCUCCGGGGCCUUCACAGUUUUUAAUGUUUGUUUACAUGUUUUAAAGUGGAAGCUGACCGUGCUAGUCAGCGGAAUGCUAGAGUGGAAAUUGCAGCUUGUUUGACAUCAACAAGGCUUCUGAAGGAUCAUUCUGAAGAAUGAUCAUUCAGUGGCUUCCGACUUGACUGGAACUGCUGGGUAGCAGUUUUCCUCUGAGAAGAUAUUGGAAAUAGCCCCAACUUGGAAAUAAGACGUUUGUUGUGUAAAUAGAUUUGAGUAAUAAACAUGAGUCAUAUUAAAAAUAUGACAGGAAAUCAAACAUUUGCGGCUGAAUGAGAGGUGAUCAGAGCCUUAACACAGACAUGGCAGAAGCUAGUGCAGGCGUGUGUUCAACACCCACACUUAAGCAUAUGCUGCCUUUUGUUCAAGUAAUCAGAGAUUUGAUUUUGGAUUACCUUGUAGUCAGUGAUGUUGGAGGAAAAACCGAGAACAGUGGUCCCUAGACCAACAUGUACUUUCUAAUCCAGCUCUCAAUCUAAGGCCAGUUAAGGUUGAGAGGCAAUGUUCUUUCAGAUCUUUCGAUACCCAGUUGGCUGAGUUGGAGCUGUCAUGAUCACAAUCUGCCCACUACUGUCUACUGCUAUGACACAACUGCUUUUGAUCAGGAAGGAUUCUGUGUCAUAGCUAGCCUUUCCUUGAAGCACUGCGGUUUGUUCUCACUGAGGUUGAUGGUUAUUGUCGUGUUCCAUUUGUAUAUGUUACAGUUCUACUAGAUAAUGUUAUUUACUUUUUUCAAAGAUCACAUCACAGAUAAACUGUGCAGCAUGGCUGGCCUUUCAGUUUGUUGAGAUAGCAAUCCCUGCCACUGGCAAAUAGGUCUUGGUUUCUCAUUUCUUCCUGAGCUGUAGAAAUGUCAAAUGCUCCAUGAGGUUUCUUAGUCAGAGUCAAAAUGUUCAUCAUAAAACUUUGAAGUCAUAUCGUAUUUUUCAUUCUCAGCACAUCAAAAACCACAACAUUAUAUAAUAUACUUCUAUACUGACAUGAAAUACAAGCAGGAACUGCUUUGGGUAUUUGUCUACGUGAUUAUUUUGUAUUUUUUUCACUAGUGAAUAAUGUAAAUUUCCAAAAAUUGGUGUACAGUAAACAGCCUGCAUGUCCUUUUUGGUAUCACAAUGUACCCCAUAUGAUAUUCACCUUUACUCCAAUUUUAGAAGUGCUAAAAUUAAUUUCAAUUCAUUUUUGAAUGAGUACUAAUAUUAGCUCCUUAAGUAAAGAAACCGUAAGCAAGCAUUGCAGAUACAUGAGCAAAUGGCUGUUAAUUAUAAUCAUGUUAUUUAUACAUUAUGCAUAGUCUAUACAGUGGUUCUUCUGUUACAGCCAGGGGGUCUGUGAUUUUAAGAUUUUUUUCAUAAUGAUGUGACAGUGAAGAUGAUGAUCAACUACUGUUGUUAUAGUUAUUAUUUAAAUGUAAUAACUUACGUUAAAUGUAACCUAUACACUUGCUCAUUCACACAGUUAUCCAUUAAGCCAAUCAUAUGGCAGCAGUACAAUGCGUAAAAUCAUGCACAUACAGGUCAAGAGCUUCAGUUGAACAUCAGAAUGGGGGGAAAUGUGACCUCAGUGGCUUUGACCAUGGCAUGUGUGUUUGUGCCAGAAGGGUUGAUUUAAAUAUUUCAGAAACUGCUGAUCUCCUGGAAUUUUUUUUUUACACAAAACAGAAAGGCCAGACACAGCACUUGGAGUUCAGUUUCUGUCUCAUGACACCAGAUAAUCUUUCCUCAUGCUUUAAGCACCUUCCCUAUGCCUUUUACUCAGGUGUGUCUUCUGUCUAGCCACUUUACCAUAAAGGCCUGAUUGAUGGAGUAUAUCUGAGAUAGCCCAUCUCUGCUGAGAGCUUAUGAAGCUAUGUUAGAGUGGCCAUUGGAUUCUUGAUCACCUCUCUCACCAAGGCCCUUCUAGCCCAGUUAAUGAGUAUGGCCGAGAUGACCAACUUUAUGAAGACUCUUGGUGGUUCCAAACUCCUUUUCACAACAAUGGAGCCCACGGUGCUGCUAGCAACGAUUGAAAGAUUAAAAAAGGUUUUAUACCCUUACCCAGAUCUAUGUCUCAACACAAUGAGAUUGUGGAGGUUUAAGAAGGUUCAUUGGACUUCAUGGCUUGGUUUUUCGAUCUGACAUGCACUGUGAACUGUGGGAGCUAAUACACACAAGAUUAUGCCUUUUUAGAUCAUGUCCAGUCAAAUGAAUUUGCUACAGGUGGACUCCAGUCAUGUUCUACAGAUGUUUCAGGAUAAUCAAGGCAAACAGGAUGCACAUGAGCUUAAUUUAUAGUGCCUUAGCCAAGGAUCCGAAUACUUCUGUAAAUAAAAGAAAGUUCCAUUUCUGAUUUUGAAUACAUUUGCAAAAAUGUAUUUUUUUAAAUAGCAAAAAAAAUUUCAUUAUGGAUUAUUUUGUGUAGGUUCAUCGCCAAAACAAGUCCCUUUAAUUCAUUUUAAAUUAAAUCUAUAAUACAAUAAAGUGUGCAAAAGGUGAAGAGGUCUGAAUGCUUUCCAUACCAAAUGUUCUACAUUCAUGCAGUUAUCUAAUCAGCCAAUCAUGUGGCAGCAACUCAAUGGAUAAAAUCAUGCAGAUACAGAUCAAGAGCUUCAGUUAAUGUUCACAUCAAACAUCAGAAUGGGGGAAAAUGUGACCUCAGUGGCUUUGACCGUGGUAUGUGUGUUUGUGCCAGAAGGGUUGAUUUAAAUAUUUCAGAAACUGCUGAUCUCCUGGAAUUUUUUUUUACACAAAACAGAAAGGCCAGACACAGCACUUGGAGUUCAGUUUCUGUCUCAUGACACCAGAGAAUCUUUCCUCAUGCUUUAAGCACCUUCCCUAUGCCUUUUACUCAGGUGUGUCUUCUGUCUAGCCACUUUACCAUAAAGGCCUGAUUGAUGGAGUAUAUCUGAGAUAGCCCAUCUCUGCUGAGAGCUUAUGAAGCUAUGUUAGAGUGGCCAUUGGAUUCUUGAGCACCUCUCUCACCAAGGCCCUUCUAGCCCAGUUAAUGAGUAUGGCCGAGAUGACCAACUUUAUGAAGACUCUUGGUGGUUCCAAACUCUUUUUCACAACAAUGGAGCCCACGGUGCUGCUAGCAACAUUUGAAAGAUUAAAAAAGGUUUUAUACCCUUACCCAGAUCUAUGUCUCAACACAAUGAGAUUGUGGAGGUUUAAGAAGGUUCAUUGGACUUCAUGGCUUGGUUUUUCGAUCUGACAUGCACUGUGAACUGUGGGAGCUAAUACACACAAGAUUAUGCCUUUUUAGAUCAUGUCCAGUCAAAUGAAUUUGCUACAGGUGGACUCCAGUCAUGUUCUACAGAUGUUCCAGGAUAAUCAAGGCAAACAGGAUGCACAUGAGCUUAAUUUAUAGUGCCUUAGCCAAGGAUCCGAAUACUUCUGUAAAUAAAAGAGAGUUCCGUUUCUGAUUUUGAAUACAUUUGCAAAAAUGUAUUUUUUUAAAUAGCAAAAAAAAUUUCAUUAUGGAUUAUUUUGUGUAGGUUCAUCGCCAAAAAGGUCCCUUUAAUUCAUUUUAAAUUAAAUCUAUAAUACAAUAAAGUGUGCAAAAGGUGAAGAGGUCUGAAUGCUUUCCAUACCAAAUGUUCUACAUUCAUGCAGUUAUCUAAUCAGCCAAUCAUGCGGCAGCAACUCAAUGGAUAAAAUCAUGCAGAUACAGAUCAAGAGCUUCAGUUAAACAUCAGAAUGGGGAAAAUAUGACUUCAGUGGCUUUGACCAUGGCGUGUGUGUUUUUGCUAGAAGGGUUUGUCUGAGUAUUUCAGAAACUGCUGAUCUCCUGGAAUUUUCACACACAACAAUCCCUAGAUUUUACCUAGAAUGGUGCGAAAAACAAAACUCAAUAUAGUAACUCAAAUAAUAAUUGAAAUCAAAUCGAAUAACCUGUAUCUGCAUGAUUUUAUGGGUUCUGCUGCUGCCACGUGAUUGGCUGAUUUGAUAACUGCAUGAAUGGUGCAGGUGUACAGGUGUCUCUAAUAAAGUUGAUGGUGAGUGUAUAUGUACAUAAAUAAAUUCUACAUAUAUCUGUAUGUUCAAUUAUAAUCUAAAACUAAAUAACUAAUAAGCAUUAAUAAUGUCAAGUUGAUCCUGCCUGUGAUUUUAAAGAAACUAGAAAAAGUGCUGCCAGUAUGAUGCUAAAAAAUUUGUAAUCUUUUAACAGGUGUGGGUCUGUGGUUGGAAAGUUCAGAGAUAAAAAAGCACUAAUGUUUUCACUAAAUAAUAAAUUAUUUCACUAAAUAAUUUGCAUUUUGUGCAUUAAGACAGCAGUGCAUUGGGUUGCUUUUUGGUUCCCAUUCCGUGUGUGUGCACUUUCACAUGGGUUUACUCUGAGUUCUCUGGUUUUCUCCCACAUGCCAGUAGUUGAGGGAACUCUACAUUGCCCCGAUUGUGUGUUACUGAAAAUAAAUGAAUGAACGAAUGAAUGAGUAUUCCCAUAAAAGAAAUAUGUACUGUGAUCUUUUUUUUAUACGCAGAAAGUCUGAGAUCUCCUGAUAUAAUGUACUUCAUACACUCAUGUCGCUUCUUUGCGCGUAUGCUGAGCUCUUGAAUUUGUUCAGCAAGGUUCAGCUAUAUGCAGUUACAACAGCACUUGUUUUGUGGGAUGCACAUGUCUCAUGCUGUCAAGCUGAAACCUCAGAUCGCUAGUUCUUUUCCCACUAUGAGUGGAGGCGCCUGUGGGGUAGUGUGCGUUCGGUGUGUCAUAAGUGCCACCCCCGCACAUCUUAAGUCUGAGCCACAGAGAGGGAGAGUGGAGGGGAGUGAAAGGCCGCUUGGAUGCGUGGGAGAUCCCCUUUACUUUGUAUUUGAUCAGAUGUAGACGCACGCUGCGCUUCCAGUCUGUGUUGCGGCUGCGGAGGGGAGAGAGGAUGGCGCACGCGGCCAGAGCGCAUCUUACCUGGAUGUCUGCAGUGAUCAUGGUAGCUGUUACAGCCUCCUGUCUAACCUGGCUCAUCGUGUCCAGGGAGAAACCCAGCGCAAGAAUCAUCAGCGGUACAUUAGUGGCAGAUAUGUUCAGACUUCCAUCUUCCCCAGAACAUUGUCUUUUUAAAGUGAACACCUCUGCAGAAGACAGCCGUCUGGCCUGGGUGAAGGAGUGGAAUACCGACAAUAUCUUCCUGGAUGAAAACAAAACGUGGAUAAGUGUGGCGAAGCCGGGCGUUUAUCUGGUCUACAUACAGCUGACAUACAGUCUCAAAAAGGAUGGAAACAGCUCUAGCGUAGACCUCAUGUUGCGUGUGGAGUUCAGUUAUCCUGAGGGUAAGGAGGAAUUCAGUGGUGCCUUUGACACUCGGCAGCUCACAGAGAAGGAGCAAGACGCCCAUCUCUCAACCUUCCUCCUGCUCCAAAUGAGGGCUGGGAACAGACUCUCCAUAUUGGCAUAUCCGAAGGAUAGGAUGAAGUAUGACGAUGUUCGCCCAUUCUCCAGUUACAUCGCCAUCAUUCGGUACGCCGACUGGUCAGGCUGAGCAGGGAGAAGCUCGCAAUUUACCACAAGUUCGUCCAUAUGCUCUAUUUUUAUGUCAGCUAUUUUCCUUCUUGCUACUUACAAAAUUGAAGUUCUUCUGUGAUGAUGUCCAAAUGAUGACCAAUGGCAUCAGAGGCUUCUACGAAGUAAAAUCGAGAAAUGUUAAACCACAAGAAGAAAUAUGACCACUCAACAAAUUCGGGAUUUUUGCGUAGGGAGGUGCAAUAUUUAUCUCGGUAAUUUGUUCUUUGUUUUGUUUUUUUUCCCCUCCCCCUUUGUUGCAUAAUGUUCCCGACUCAUGAUUUUCUGAGAAGCAUGACACAUUUUCCGCCCAUUAGAGACAAAAGUGAUUUUCACUUUGUUUCGGGUUCGUUAUGACUCAGUUGAGAAAGAGCAUCAUGCCUGUUUCCUCAUUUCUCGGUUUGACGAAAUGAGCACACACAAGUUAAUGUCACUUCCACUAGCUGCUGCAAUUGACGCUUCAUUACGUUUGUUAAACGAGGGAUCAUUUUUUUUGGGAUGGUGUUUCUGUGAAAUCUGUUCUUCCCAUUAUUUUGAAAAUAUAUACAACUGAAUGGCUGAAUGUGAUGUUUUUAAGCAUGUUCUGAGAGGAGUAUCCUGUUAUUUUAAAAAAUUUUUAAUGUGUACCAACAAUCCAGAGAAAUUCUCAGUACCAAAACAAUAAUUUAGCAGUAUGUGAUGACCACCAUUACGUAUUCCUCUUUGUGUUUGUUUGUUUUUUGUUUUUUUUUGUUUUGUUUUUUGUUUUGUUUUGUUUUCCCCACCCUGCGCAGAGCAUCAUCCAUUAAUAACCUCAUUAUUAUAUAAUCUAAACCAAAAAUCAAGCCAUGCAAUUUCCUUAAUGCUUUUAUCAUAAUGUUUUUUUUCUAUGGUUCAGGGAAAAUGUCCAUUUUGCCUUAACACUUAAUAUAAAUGUAGUAUACUUAACACAGUUAAAAUGACUGUGAUGCUCUUCAAGUAGUACCACUGAGACUUCGUUUUCCUGAUCAGUAUUUUUGAUAAAGAUUUAUAAAUAUGAAAGAAAGUGAGGUAUGUAAUACCAUAACACACUAAUUUAACAGCCAUAAAGCUGAAAUCUGUUGCAUUGUGAUAAUCAAUAUUAAGAUAUUUUGGCACCUCAAGUAGUAUAUUUUCUCCAGGUUGUUUGUAAUAGUCUCAGGGUUGAGCUUAACGUUCUUGAUUUUCUAAUUUCCUGAACUAAUGUUUUAUCUAUCUGAAAGUCAUCUUUACAAGAAUAGUUACAUGACACACAAAACCAGUUUCCUUGGUUUGCGUUUGUUUUGAGUCAGCUGAAAAAAAGCAUUUCAACUCUUUAAGGUCAGAUACAUUUGGGGCUGCUGAUCAGAAUUCUAAGGACAUUUUCUAAAUCAUUAUACUAUGUUUUUUGUUUGUUUCUUGUCCAAGUGGCCUUGGAUGUGAGACGUAAGAAAGGCCCUACAUAAAUUAAACAUUAUUAUUAUUAUUAUUAUUAUUAUUAUUAUUAUUAUUAUUAUUAUUAUUAUUAUUGUUAUUAUUAUUAUUAUUGUUAUUAUUAUUAUUAUUAUUAUUAUUUUAAAUCCUCAGUAUUGACAUUUGAAAACAUUUGCAACUACUCUUCAGACAUAUUUGAUUGUAUAUGACAAGUAUUUUUAUUGUUAGCCUGAACGAUACACUCAUAUUGAAAUAUUGAAAUGGACUACUGCCUUUGUUCUCAAAUAGCUCAGUAAUAUUGUAUUUAUCUACUGCAUUUUCGUAUAAUUGUAAUUAUUUGUUAUUUAAAGCGAUAAAUUCAUUUAUAAUUG